CGCGACGCUUUCGCCAGUCUCUCGUCAGCCCCGUCCCGGAUCUCGUCAUGCUGCCUGUAUAUAAUCCUCGCUACGUCCUCUAUGCGCUCUACCACCUACACCCAUCCUUGGCUGCUUGGCGCGGUCACAGUUAGACUUUGUCUAUCCAGUAUCUACUCGACAACAUCAGGUGAAAUCUGCCGCUCCGCCCGUAUCUAGACCAUAUCCAUCAUGUCCCCUGUCGCGGUGAACGGCACGACCAACGGUGUGCAUCCAAGCAAUGGAACAUUCAAGAGUCACCAUGAUGGCUUCGGCACUCGGGCAAUCCACGUUGGCUCAGAGCCAAACCCGGAGACGGGCGCAGUCAUACCUGCUAUUUCUCUGAGCACGACAUACAAGCAGGACGGCGUCGGGAACCACAAGGGAUUUGAGUACUCGCGCUCUGGCAACCCUAACCGGAACGCGCUCGAGGCGACCUUGGCUUCAUUAGAAGCCGGUGGAUCUUAUGGCCUUGCAUUCGCCUCGGGCUCCGCGACCACUGCGACAGUCCUGCAGUCCCUCGGCCCCGAUGCCCACAUCGUCAGUGUAAAUGAUGUUUAUGGCGGGACUUUCAGGUAUAUGUCUAGGGUCGCUACGGAGAACCAAGGGCUCCAGACAACAUUCGUAGAUUUGGAGGGUGCAGAUGACGAGGCCAUUCUCGCUGCGUUCCGGCCCAAUACCAAGCUGAUUUGGAUAGAGUCACCUACAAAUCCGACGCUCCGUCUCAUCGACAUCCCCCGAAUCGUCGCACUGGCACGCUCCACACCUUCCUCCCCUCUCGUCCUCGUAGACAACACAUUCUUAUCACCCUACUACUCGUCCCCGCUCCUGCAGGGUGCAGACAUCGUCUUGCACAGCCUGACGAAGUACGUCAAUGGUCACUCCGACGUCGUCAUGGGCGCGCUCAUCCUCCCCGCGCACCACGCCGCGUUCACGGAGAAGCUGCGCUUCCUGCAGAACGCCAUCGGCGCCGUGCCGAGCGCGUACGACUGCUGGCUCGCGCAGCGCGGCGCGAAGACGCUGCACCUCCGCAUGAAGGCGCACGGCACGAACGCCCUCGCCGUCGCGCGCGCGCUGCAGCGCUCGCCGCGCGUCGAGGAGGUCAUCUACCCCGGGCUCGCGACGCACCCGCGGAACGACCUCGCGUACCGCUCGCUCUCGCCGCACGCGCGCAAGUUCGUCGACCAGUACGUCGUGCAGGACAACGAGGGCGGCUUCCCGUAUGGCGGGAUGAUCUCGUUCAGGAUACGAGGCGGCGCGGAGGAGGCGGAUCGCUUCCUUACGGCGACGCGCCUGUUUACGCUGGCGGAGUCGCUGGGCGGCGUCGAGAGUCUGGCGGAGCUGCCUGCGCAGAUGACGCACGGGAGCAUCCCUGCGGCGGAGCGUGCCCUGCUCGGGAUUGGUGAUAACCUGAUCCGGCUCUCUGUUGGUGUGGAAGAGGCGGAGGAUCUCGUUGCGGACGUUGAGCAGGCGUUGGAGGUCGCAGUGAAGACCUCGGAUUAGAUUGGACCGGGAGCUAGAGUCUACUAGGGAAUUGAUGUCGGUUUAGUUAGUUUUGCUGGACCUACCCACGUACGAGCGCUGUACCCAUAUUGUAACUUUGACACUACUGGACUCGAUGAAUAUUGAUCGACUAGCAUCUCAUUGUGACCUGAGUACAUGCACGAAAGUCAACUGGG